AUGAUUGCUCGUCUUAUCAUUUUCUCUGUCCUGGCAACUGCCAGCUUGGGCAUCGAAACACGCCUUCAUCGUCGUAUAGAUAGCAGCACACAGUCUGGUCCAUCUGGAACAUUUAUUGAAGGCGUGGUAAAUGCUACAAUUGCCAUCAUACCCAUCCCAUUCUCCCUCGCCAGAAAUAUUGUGCCAUCAAAAUAUGGCAUCAUUCAGACUUAUUUGGAUUAUCUGCCAGACUUUCAUGGGAAAUACCCUUUGGUACUGGAGUUUGCAGUGAACACCAAUGUCGUUAUUUCUGGGACAGCGUCCUCCAACUUUUCGUCUAUACGAUUCACCUAUCCGUUUAUUGACCUGUUAGGCAAUGGGUAUAGCACGUUCCGUUAUGAAACGGACUGGAUCGUAACGCCUCAACCCGAUAUUAUUGACGCCAGUACAUCGUUUGGAUUGAGAGUUACGGCUGCCGACUUUCGACCAGACACCCCAGCAGCUUAUGAGCUUGUGUCCGACCCUUAUUGCAGAGGGGAGACAUCCUACGAUGGAUUUUCUCGAAACAGCACUGGUCCUUACGUCACGUCACGACACUGUCCACGAAGUCCAAGUAACGAGAAUCAAUACGAUCGUCAAGUGGCAUUUUACAGGAACGCGACCACCCAACCAAUCUUUGUCGACGGUAGCAUCUGUGCGAAUGUAACCAGAUCUUUUGAUGCUGAAAUAGCACACAAUCACCGUUUCGUUGAGAGCGAGGUCAUUAUUUAUGGCGAUUUCCCAGCUCACGGUAAAUGGGAGAAAGUGCGCGGUCUACAGGUUGCAACGCCGUUUACAGAAAACUAUACCGACUGUUCCCUGCUGUAUAAUUUAUAA